AUGAACGAACAAAGUGAGAGUGAUACGGAAUAUAUUUUAGGCACACCGGAAGAAUUAGCAGAAACUGCUAAGAACGCCAACGAGGUCAAGGACGUGAAGCAGGUCUCCAUCUUGAUUACUGUAAUAGGCCCUAAAAUAUUAGCCGUCCUCACCGAUCUUAUUUCUCCUAAGAAGAUUGAUGAAGAAUCUUACGAUAAUUUGAGCAAAAUCUUGGAAGAUCAUUAUUCUCCUAAACGCCUUGUGGUCGCUGAGCGUUAUACUUUUUAUAGUCGAUGCCAGAAACAAUCUGAAAGUAUUGCCGAGUUCGUAGUGGCAGUGAAGCAUUUGGCUUCGACGUGUGAAUUUGGAACAUUCUUAUCGGAUGCACUGAGAGACAACCUAUCAGGCAGUGUUAAAUCUAAGGGUGGUGAACCUAACCUAACCCUAGGUAAGGCCGAUGAGCCUAAAGUCGUUUCUGGUUUGAAACAAAAGUAUGCCUCUGUGUUCAAAGGAGGUCCUGGUGAAAUUAAGGGAAAUUGUUUAGAUGGGGGUGACCAAGCGUUCUAUAAGGAUGCUGUGCCAAAAUUUUGUAAAUAUCGCCCUGUUCCUUACGCGUUGCGUAAAUCAGUAGAAGAUGAGAUUGAUAGGAUGAUUGCUGAAGGUAUUGCUUAUCCCGUUACUAGCUCUCAGUGGGCUACUCCUAUUGUGGUGAUUCAGAAGAAAAGUGGGGUGCGACUCUGCGGGGACUUUAAAUUUUGGACUUGGAGGCAAGCGUAUCUCCAACUUCCUGUGGCGGAGGAGUCCCAACCACUCUUGACGCUAACUACGCACAAAGGCUUAGUGCGUUUGCGACGUCUGCCGUAUGGUUUGUCUUCGGCUCCGGCUCUUUUUCAAGCGGCCAUGGACAAAAUUAUUGGUGGCCUACCUGGGUCAGUGGCAUAUUUGGAUGACGUACUGGUGGGUGGAUCUUCGCAAGAGGAAGCGUUGUCACGCUCGGAGAGUGUUCUUCAACGUCUUCAAAGUUAUGGAGUCAAG